AUGUCCGCUGCUGAGGAGGCCAAGCAGCGCGGUAACGAGCUUUUCAAGAGCGGAAAGUUUCGUGAUGCCAUCAAUGCCUACACGGAGGCAAUUUCGCACGAUACCAGCAAUGCUGUGCUUCUGCUGAACCGCUCAGCGGCCUACAUGGCGCUAGGUGACUACAAGCGUGCGUUGGCAGACAGCGAGAAGGCCGUGCAGAUGCAGGCGCCAGAGCCCAGUGCGAAGGCUUUGCUGCGUAUGGCCAAGUGCCUGCUAGGUCUAGGCCGUCAUAAAGAUGCUGUAGCCGCCUUGCAGCCUAUGCUCUCGACGCACGCAGGCACGAGUGCCGAGCAAGCGCAGGCGAACGAAGUGCAGGAUCUCGCCCAACAGAUGGAGCGACAUCUUGUUACGUUGGAGGCGUACAAGAAGGAAAAGAACUGGACGUUGGCGAGUAUCGCCUUGGACCAAGCGCAGGGCGUGAUGAAACUGACCGACGCUUCAUCGCCGCAUGACUGGCAGCUGCUGCGAGCGAUGCUGAUGCUUCAGCGUGGCCAGUUGACGCAAGCGCAUUCGCUCGCGAUGGACAUGUACCGAGCGAAUCCUUCCGAUACGGACGCGCUGCUGCUCGGCGCGCGUGUGACGCUUGCGAACAAUGACGUCGCAAAGGCCGUGCAGCAAGCGCAGGCCGCGCUACGUUCCGAUCCUGAUCGAUCAGACGCCAAGAUCUUCCUCCGCAAAUGCAAGCAGCUAGCAUCGUUGAAAGAUGAGGCGAACAAUGCGUUUAAGGCGAACCAGUCGGAAGAGGCCCUAGCCAAGUAUGCACAAAUCCUGGAACUGGCCGACCAGGACAAGGAGACGGAUGGCGAGGCAAAGAAGUUCAAAGCAGUGAUCUACUCGAACCGCGCUAUCCUUUUGAGCAAGCUUUCGCGAUACCAAGAGUCUAUCCAUGACUGUACCAAGGCGCUGCAGCUCGAUCCAGGCUUCGUCAAGCCGCUCAAAACUCGUGCGCGUGCGUACCAGUCGAGCGAGCAGUACGAAGAAGCUGUGCGUGACUUUAAGCGCGCGGUGGACGAGAGUGUUGGUACGGCUGAGCAUGAUGCGCUGCGCCGCGAAUGCCGUCGGUGCGAAGUGGAGCUGAAGCGCAGCAAGAAGGUGGACUAUUACAAGAUUCUUGGCGUGCCCAAGACGGCGACCGAGACAGAAAUCAAAAAGGCGUUCCGCAAAGAGUCGCUUAAGCACCACCCUGAUAAGGGCGGCGACGAAGAAAAGUUUAAGAUGUGCAAUGAAGCGUAUUCUAUUCUCUCUGAUGAACAAAAGCGUCGUCGAUACGACUCAGGUGUCGAUGAUAUGGACGACAUGGAUAUGGGUGGCGGCAUGGGCGGCUUCAGUGGCUUCGGCGGUAUGGGCGGUAUGCAUGGCGUCAACUUGGCCGACUUGUUUGGUGCGCAGUUCGCCAACUUUGACAUGGGCGGCAGCGCCAGCGGCGGCAGCCAUACCUAUACCCACCACCAUCAUUACGCGCCAGGCUCCGGCUUCCGAUUCGGCUAA